AUGUCCUUCGUUGUUCCUUCCCGGUCCGUGUCCAUUUCUCUCUCGGUUGUCUACGCGAAAUGCUACAAAGUCCAAAGGAGAGCUCUCUGGAGUGAGCUGGAGAUCCUGGAUAGAUCAACUCAAGGUGCCUGGGCCAUUGUUGUGGACUUCAAUGCGGUGGCCAGUCCCGAGGAGAGACGGGGGAGCUGGGGGGUUGAUAGAUCAAGUAUACAGGAGUUCGCUGAGAUGAUUCACAACUCGGGCCUUAUUGAUGCAGGGUUUGUCGGAAAUCGGUUCACUUGGUGCAGUAACGACAAGGAAAUGCUCGUGUUUGGGCUAGGUUGGACAAAGUGCUUCUUAACUCCUCUUGGGUGUCCGAGUUCCAACUGUUUUGUGUCGAACACCUUCCUCCUUAUUCAAAAGGCUUGGAGUGGCAAUUGCUCCCCUCAUUCGAUGAUUAAUGUCCAGCUCAAAUUGAAAAAAACAAAACAACUCUUAAAGAUGUGGAACAAGGAAACGUUUGGCAAUAUCUUCCAGCAGAUCAAGAUAGCUGAAGAAGAGCUGGAAGGAAUCGACUCUCAUUUGCAAUCUAGCCCUUCUGAGGAGCUCUCCCGCCAAUACAUUAAAGCCCAAAAAAAGCUCCAUCAUCUGAAGAUCAUGGAGGAGGCUUUCUAG